GCCGCACGAUUAGUUUUGUCGCGCCAACAGUGUGCGCCGUAUCCUCGACCGUAACACACGACGACGACGACGACGACGACACUGCCGCUACCGCUGUAUUGAAGAAACGCAAUUAUUGCAAUUGUAUCGUUCUAAUUACGAGUAACAGCGAACACAAACAGUUGUACGGGAUCGCAAGUUUUCGUUUUCGUCGUACACGUACGCCAGUACCUCAUAUUAUAACACACAUACCACUAAAUAGGUACCGCCGAGUCGACUGCAAUCCAUUUUCCUCGCAAGUCGUGCCACGAUGACCCACAGCUGAUCCGUUAUUCAGCCAGCGACCACCGAUACGCGCAUUCUUCUCGACCGAUCACGAUGUGUCCAUGAAGCCGCUGACGAACCGAUGGACGGCGACGCCACAUACGCGACUCGGAGGAAAUCCCUCAGGGUGUCCUGGACAUUGUUGACGUCAUCGUUUGCGUUCAUUGUACUACUAUGCGCACUGUGCCUUUUCUUCUUUUUCCAUCCACGGACAUGCCGGCAGAUGUCCGGCUCACGCUUUGGAUCUACCGAGACGAUAUUGGACGAAAUACGUGGCUUCGACUACGAGCGGCAAGAGAAUGACUAUGGUGAUACUGAUGUUCGAUUACCGGCAGAAGUGGUGCCGGAAUCAUAUGACUUGCGAAUAAUACCGUUUCUGUGGGCUGGAAACUCGACAUUCGACGGCCAGGUAGACAUUGUUGUCAAUGUAACGGCCCCUGUGGACAGUGUAACGCUGCACGCCGUCGACUUGAACAUAACGGAAUGUCUCGUUACCAGAUAUCCAAAAAUGGUACUAAAUGAAAACGUGAUGGCUGAUAGUGUUUAUGUUCCUAUUCAAGAAACACAACAAGAUCUUUCUAAACAAUUUUUCAUCAUCAAAUUUAAAGAUACACAGCCAGCUGAUUAUAAGUAUAACAUUCACCUAAAAUACACCGGAAAACUUCAAGACAACAUGGAAGGAUUUUAUAAAAGUUCUUACAACGUAGGAAAUACAACUAGGUGGAUAGCUGCAACACAAUUUCAGCCAACUGAUGCAAGAAAAGCAUUCCCAUGUUUUGAUGAACCUGCUUUAAAAGCUAAAUUUACCGUGUCAAUCGCAAGACCUGGACAUAUGAGUUCUAUAUCCAACACAGGGCUUAAAUAUGUCAUUAAUUUACCAAAACUAUCAAAACCUUUAGAGUAUUACGAAUGGGACUCAUUUGAACAAACAGUACCCAUGUCUACUUAUUUAGUGGCGUUCAUUAUUUCUGAUUUUGAAUAUUUAUCUUCGGAAACCUUUAGAGUAUGGGCUAGAAGUGAUGUGUUGUCACAUACUCAUUAUGCUCGAGACAUCGGCCCAAGCAUAUUAAAGUUUUAUGAAGAAUUCUUUUCCAUUCCUUAUCCAUUGAAAAAAACCGAUCUAGUAGCACUUCCAGAUUUUGCAGCUGGAGCAAUGGAGAAUUGGGGAUUAGUAACGUUUCGGGAAAUAGCCAUGUUAUACAAUGAAGGUGUUUCGCCUAAUUCUCAAAAAGAACGAGUAGCGACGGUAAUAGCUCAUGAAUUAGCACAUCAAUGGUUUGGAAAUUUAGUGACACCAGAUUGGUGGUCAGAUUUAUGGUUAAACGAAGGUUUUGCAACUUACAUUGAAUACGUAGGAGUGAACCAUGUAGAGCCCAAGUGGAAAAUGGAGGAACAAUUUAUUUCCAGUGGUAUACAGAGCGUAUUUUUAAUGGAUUCAUUGAAAUCUACACAUCCGAUUUCAGCGCGUGUGUCGAGGCCGGAGGAAAUUAAUGAAUUGUUUGAUCGCAUUUCCUAUGAUAAAGGAGCAUCUGUAAUCCGAAUGAUGGACCACUUUCUUACACGGCAAGUGUUCCGAAAAGGCUUAACCAAAUAUUUGAACGCAAAAGCAUAUAAGAAUGCAUAUCAUAAUGAUUUGUGGGAUGCUUUAACCGAACAGGCACAAGCUGAUCGUGUAAUGGAUAAUACGUUGACUGUAAAAGAUGUUAUGGAUACAUGGAUACUACAGCCAGGAUUUCCAGUAGUAAAUGUUACACGAAAUUAUGAAGUGGAUACAUUAAUCGUUUCUCAGAGUCGUUUUCUACUUCAUGAUACUAAAAACGUUUAUAAAACUGAUCAACCAAAUAAUCUAUGGUGGAUACCACUUACGUACACAACAGAAACAAAAUUGGAUUUCUCAGUUACAAAACCAAGUAAUUGGCUUAAGCCUGAAGAAUUUACAAUGAUUACUGAAACAGGAAUAUCAUCCAAAGAAUGGGUAUUAUUUAACAUUAAUGAAACCGGAUUUUAUAGAGUAAACUAUGAUUCAAAAAAUUGGAACAUGUUAAUCGCAUAUUUAACUGAUCCAGAGUUGUAUUUUAAUAUUGGAACAAUUAACCGAGCACAACUUAUAGAUGACGCGAUGUCUUUAUCGAGAGCUGGAUAUUUAAGUUACCAAACGUCUCUCGACUUAACUAAAUAUCUUUACCACGAGACUGAGUAUGUUCCGUGGAAAUCUGCAUAUAGAUCUUUCACCUACUUACAUCAAAUGCUUAUUAAAACAUCCAUUUACGACAAAUUAAAAGCAUACGUGUUACACUUAAUAUCUCCAAUGUAUAAGAUAACCGGAUUUGCAGAUAAUCCGAGGGAUGAUCAGCUAGUCAUUUACAAACGAUCUAACUUGUUAUCAUGUGCUUGUGAAUUAGGACAUACUGAUUGUGUACGAAAUGCUGUGGCUCAGUUUCAAAAUUGGAAAUCGAAUCCUCAACCAGAAAAAAACAAUCCGAUUUCUCCAAAUCUAAAAUCAAUAAUAUAUUGUACGGCCAUUAGUUAUGGAAGUGAAGAAGAAUGGGAUUUUGCUUGGAAAAUGUAUAAAAUGACUACAGUAGCUUCUGAAAAAGAUUUAUUGCUGGACGCUCUGGGUUGUAGCAGGGAAACAUGGAUUUUAGCCAGAUUUCUCAGUUAUGCCUUGCAAAACAAUUCUUCCAUAAGGAAUCAAGAUAUCAGCAAAGUAUUUUACGCUUUAACCAAUAAAGUAGCCGGACAAGAAGUAGCGUGGAAUUAUGUGCGCGAUAAUUGGCGCAAUCUUAAAUCAACCUUUGCGGCUGGUUUUUCUACAAUGAGCGAAAUUAUAAAAUCGGCCACAUACCAUUUCAAUACUAAAAACGAUUUGAUCCAACUAUGGCAGUUUUACAAAGAUGAAUAUGAUCACUUGGGCUCGGCUAGAAGGAGCGUAUUGCAAUCAAUUGAAAAUGCAGAAGCAAAUGUGAAUUGGAUGGAAAGGAAUUUUAAAACAAUUAGUAAUUGGCUCCAAAACACCACGCUAUAUUUAUCCCAAUAUACCAACGAAGUGGAUUAGAUAGUAAUAAGUUAUUAUUUUAUGUGGGAUGUAUAUAUAAUAUAAGUAGAAUAUAGGUACUAACGAUUAAGCUAAAAUUAUUUCUUGACACUUUUGUGUCAUCUUUUGCUAAAGAUUGUCUUGUAAAGACUGUUUUUAUUUCUUAAACUACUGCUAAAUAUUAUGACUUGAUAUUAUCUUUAUAUUAUCAUAAUU